AUGAAGGACCAAUGCGAGCAAGGUGUCAAAUUCUGCACUUGGCUGCUUCAAAACGUGAUAAGCACCAUACCUUCAGUGCAACAUCCUGUGUUGGAAAACAUGGUAAACCAAGUGGCGAAAUCGAACCCACAGAGCACAAUCGUGAUCGAGGUCACUGAGUGUCACUACGCGAUGCUAUACCGCUUGAAUCCACCAUCCUGGGCGAACGACGCCUUGAUACAUGCUUUCUGCACAAGACUGUGUGCAACAAACCCUACUGCUCGUGUUCCGGGGAUUGAGAGCACGGUGACGGGGCGAAAUGCCAAGGGCAUGAAUGAAUCCCUCAAGAAAAAAGCGCAAGAGCUGGUGGGAGAGGCAGACCUCCUUAUGAUCCCGGUUAACGUUGGAAAUUCGCACUGGUGCGGAAUUGCAGUAGAUGUGAAGCGAGCUCGAGUCCUUUAUUAUGACUCCAUGAACCAGAGGACUUACAAGACCGUGCUGGAUCGACUGUCCUGGGAUUUGGCGAAAACCCUGAGCGACGACUAUGAGGUUGUAUCCAUCAACGCGCCAACUCAGACGGACGGCCACAACUGUGGUUUCUUCGUAAUGCUACGACUCUGGCGAAUGGUAGACAAUAGCAGUGCGCUGGAUCGGGCGAGCUUGAAGCGUCUAGAAGUAAGCGAGGGCAGCCAGGUUGUGUGGCGCGUCGCGCCACCCCUGUCCCAAAGGUGCAAAAGGAAGCACUCAUCCGAUGUACACAAGAUCCAAUCAUCUGAUGAUUCAUCACGCGCUGUGAAGAUGGCGCAACGUUCGAUUCAAAUCGGAGUGCGUGGCUCUGCACAAGUGACAGAGCUUAUGGGCGCUGGGACUCCCAGCCAGUGGCUAGCAGCCACUGGCUGGGAGUGA